AUGGAGGCCCGGGCUUCCCGCAAGGCCCAAACCCUCCUGGCGUUUCAAAUCGCCAGAGCCAAGCUGGGCCCCAGUGAUCGCCGACUUUUACCCAAAUGGGUCCACCCCCCUCGCCAUAUCCGCCGCAGGGCAGUCCAGGCUGCCAUUGCCAAGGAACCCCAAGAGUUCCGCGCCACGCACCUACCGGCAAACUACGACAAAGGCCGAAACAAGGAUCACUUCGAGGGCCUGGUCUCUGACUGUAUCAAAGAGCAGAAAUUGAUCCUCGCCACUUUUCUCAAGGCCGGCAUGACCGGCAAAGGAUUGGACAAGGUACCUUCGCUUUGGAGUCUCAUCGCCAACAUCUACUCCGUCUUCCAUCCGACGUUCAAAAAACACGGUGCGAAGCAGAUUCACUCGGACAAGCACACGUUUAUUAUCUAG